UGCAAAAGACUAUGUUCAAGUUACGUUCAUAUUAUUAUAAUAGUUGUACAGUGCUCUGUUUGAGUAUUGCGUCUGCUGAGUAGGCGGAGUUUAUCCUAAGUCUCGCGAGUUCGACAGAUAAUAGCGCGAGAUCAGAUACGCAGCAAUGGAGGAGAAGGAAGAAAUGCGGUGUGUGUUGUUAUUGUAAAUUCAUGAUUCAAUGUGAAUUAUAGCCAUCCGGUUAUAGAACAACCAUAGAGCAUUCAUAUCGUGUGCAGUUUGGCAUUCUCAGAUGUGAUGGGCGGCCGAUGUUGUGUGAUCGCUCCAGAGAUAUGUGGAUUUGUAUGGUGAAUACCAUCACGUGCGUCAUUGCAGAUUAACCACGUUCAUCCACGUUUAUCCAGCUGAGUGUGUAUAUUACACACACCCAUCACGCCUAUGGAACACCGUCGCACACUUGAUACAUUCAUCAUUGGUAAUAUCACCUCACAUUAAGCCUCUCAGGACCAAAUAAGGAUGCAGACUGAGGAUGUAACCACCUGUUUGAGUUUCAAUGUGAUGACAUCGCGUAUGAGGAUUAACAUUUGACCAAAUCUGUACCCUCCUUGCGUUAAGUGGACUUUUUGGGACACUUCAGACUUGCAAAGACUGAGUACUCUCAUUUUCACCACCUCAUUGCCUGAUUUGCAAUCACAUAAUUGUAUUUCUUGAAUCAAAGUUUAUUGUUAUACUGAUUGUUUAUUUUGCGUAGGCCUACGCUGUUUUAUUUGAGAAGUAUUCAUGUUUUAGUAACAUUGUGAAUAAGUUGUUCAUUUUAUCAUUUGAACAAUCAAUACAUUCAGUAAAUCUGAUCCCUGACUCUGGUGUCGUUACUCCUCUCCUAGUCCCUGGACAUUAAUUGGGUAAAUAAUCCUCUAAAGUGAUUUAGAUCCGUAAUAGUAAUCAGUGCAUAACACAGUCUUCAAUACAUUUGAUGGUCCUUCGAGCCGGAUCCCUAUAACCACUUUAGCAAUGAUGUCCAGGCCUAGGGAGGAGCCUUUAGAGCCAGAGGUUGUACGUCCACGUAGAAUAACUAGACCGCCAUCGUAUCUACGUGAUUAUGAUGUCAGUUAUUCUCAAAACCGUUUAGCGUUUGCAGAUGAGCAGUCUGAAAUGCUAUCUUGUAUGCGUGAAAUGAGGGAGGAAAAUAUGCGUUUGAGACAAGAUGUGAAACGCAUAUCGGAACUGAUUGCUAAUUCUCCUGUGUUAGCUUCCCAGGGUUCAUUGUCUGUGCAGCGACCUUCGAAUGAUGAUGUUGGGUUGUCAUCCACACCAAAGUCUACCAGUAAUCCUAACCAGCCUGAACACACCCCUUUGGUGCCAUCUAGAGAUGAAUCACUCCGCACAGGUCAUGAUCGUGGUGGCCGAGAUCUCAUUGAAGAGCUGACAGAAAGUUUGAAGAAAGUUGGUCGGUUUAAUGAUAAUCAGUCUGGUUCAGGUAUGUCGACUCCUUCUUAUAAUGACCCUCUUAACAGCAAAAGUGAUUCACCACGAUACGGGAAUGAUGCUAACGUUCCGUUGAGGCAACAUAGUCUGUCUGAUCAUUAUAAUCGUCAUACAGAUGAUUCUCCCUUUGUACAGUCUCGCAUGUCAACUCGUGAUGUUCAUCGGACGGCAAAUGAUCCUUACCAUCGCUGUUCGAGUGAAAGACACUUACCAGAGUAUACUCAGAGGGAUCAUUUUGAUCAUUCUCCGUUUGAUUGGAGGCAAGAGUGCAUUCGAGAAAGUAGACCGUUGCCACCUAACCAUUCUUACUAUUCACAGGGACGGUCUGAGCUUCCAUCUGCCUUAUGUCCUUCAUCCAUGCAAUAUCGGGGACCCACUCCUAAAAUCCCAGAUUUCUGUCGGGAUGAUCCCCGGGAGUUCGCGCGUCUUAAGUUGGCAUUAACCAACAUCCUCCCUGACGAUGCUUCUGAGUCCUUUAAGUUCCAAAUACUUAUGGAUCAUCUUAAGUUGGAAGAUGCUUUGCUUGUCGCUGACUCAUAUAGUCACAGCCGUACGCCCUUCAGCGACACAAUGAGAGCGCUCACUGAUAUGUAUGGCCAGCCGCAUCAGUUGGCUUUGCAAAGGAUUGGUAAUCUGAUGGACGGGCCCAGUAUCAGGAGCGGUGAUGUGAAGUCUUUCAAGGCAUUCGCCCUUCGCGUCCGCGCACUGGUUGGGAUGUUGAACCAGUUAGGUAGCACAGGUUGGACUGAACUGAAAUGUGGAUCACACGUUUCUCGUCUCUUAGCUAAGUUGCCGUACGACCUAAGAGCUAACUUUAAGAGAUUCAUUAACCCACUACAGACACCGGUUCCAACGCUACUCGACUUCGCUGACUGGUUAGAAUACGAAGUACGCGUCCAGGUAGAGGGAACUCAAUAUGGGACCUAUCCUGAUCAGGAGAAACACAGCUCUCGUAAAGACAAGCGAACUAGCUUUGUGCCCCGUAAGAUGACUACUGUUCUACAUGGAGGAGAGCAAAAAGUAGCAUCAGUAGAGAAUCCAAAGACCACGGCCACAGAUCCAGACAGGCUACAGGACAAGCCUAAGAAGUAUUGUCCAUUCUGUGACACAGUUCAGCACUAUAUGAACCAGUGCUCUAACUUUAAACUUCUCUCUAAUGAGCAGAUCGAAAGUUGGAUUAGAACAGGCAAUAGGUGUUGGCGCUGCGGUCGAGGGCAUUUGUCAGCCAAAUGUACACUGAAGGCAAAGUGCAAGCGAUGUGACCGAAGGCAUCUUGAUGUCCUUCAUGAUGUCAAUUCCAGCUCAGAAGCAAUGAGAAAAAGCAGUAUCAAGACGUCUCAGAAAGAUGCAAAUUCAAUGGAGCCUUCUUCUCAGACCUUGUACUUAGAUCGACCUGCAAGUAGUAAGCAGGUGUUGCUUAAGUUAAGCCGAGUGAUCCUUCAAAAUGGUGAUAAAUCGCUUGAAACUUAUGCUGUGCUAGACGACGGAUCUGAGCGAACUAUCUUGUUGUAUGAAGCUGCUCAACGUCUAGGCCUCCAAGGUGAAGUCGAAAACUUGGCUUUGCGCACGGUGAGACAGGAAGUUCAUACUAUUCAUGGAAGAGCUGUAUCCUUCUCCAUAUCACCUGUCUCAAAUCCUGACAGAUCUUACUCUAUCAAAGGUGCAUUCACAGCAAAAGAGCUUGCUCUGGUACAACAUACUUACCCCAUUGCUGAUUUGCAAAGUAGAUAUCGUCACCUCCGUGAUUUACCCUUGAAUGACAUCCACGAAGCACAGCCUUUGCUGCUUAUUGGUUCAGAUUAUCCUCACUUGAUAACCCCUGUGGAGCCCGUGAGACUUGGUCCCCCUGGAGGCCCUGCAGCGGUUCAUACAAAGCUUGGCUGGACUUUACAGGGCCCAUCAAGUCUCCUUAAUCCUUCUUUGCAUUCUCAAGAAUGUUUGUUCAUUUCCUGUCUUUCUCCUGAGGAUGAGCUUUUCCGUCAGGUUGAAAAUCUUUGGAAGUUAGACACUCUUCCAUAUCGAUCUGAGAAAGUUGUUAGUCGAUCUCGACAGGAUGCAGAAGCUAUUCACCUCCUAGAGGAGAAAACCAUCAGGAUUGAUGUGGAUGGUGUCAAAAGGUACGCCACACCUCUACUCUGGAAAGAGUCGCCGCCUCCUCUGAACGCACCCAAGGAAGCAGUCAUGGCCCUGUUACGCAGUACAGAGAGAAAACUAGCUAGAGAUCCUAGUAUGGCUGAGGCUUACGAAUCGGAGAUUCAGAAAUUGCUGGUCGCGGGUUACGUCACCCCAUUGACAUCUGCAGAGAACGAUCUGAGCUACAAGUCGUGGUACAUACCACAUCAUAUGGUUCAGCACAAUGCAAAGAACCGUAUUGUUUUCAAUUGUUCUUUCGAAUUCCAGGGUAAAUCUCUGAAUGACCAUCUUUUGCCCGGUCCUACGUUAAGUUCUAGCUUGUUGGGGGUACUCCUCCGCUUUCGGGAACAUCCUGUGGCCAUCUCCAGUGAUGUGAAGGGCAUGUUCCAUCAAGUCCGCCUACUUGAUGAGGAUAAACCAUUCCUUCGCUUUCUGUGGCGGCAUGGGAGGACAUCAGAACCUGCCGUGGUGUAUCAGUGGCAAGUCCUGCCAUUCGGAACUGCGUGUAGCCCUUGUUGUGCUACUUAUGCACUUCAGUCUCAUGCAAAGGUGGAUCUUGAGGCUACUGAUGAAGUACGUCAAACUGUGGAGCGCAACUUCUAUGUUGACAAUUGUCUCAAGAGUGUACCAACUGAAGCUCAAGCUGUACAGCUGGUAAACCGAUUGCAGUGUCAUCUUAAGGAGGGUGGAUUUGAACUGAGGCAAUGGGCCAGUAACAUCCCUGAGGUUAUUGGUCACCUUCCUGCUGAGUUAAAGUCGAGUAGUAGUGAUAUCUGGCUCCGUCAAGAAAUGACCAACCCUCAAGAGAAUGCCCUUGGAUUGAUAUGGCAGUGCAGAUCUGACACAUUGGUAUACAAACCUUACCAAAAGGAAAAGGGUGAAACUACCAUGCGGAACAUCUAUCGCACCCUAGCCAAGCUUUAUGACCCCCUUGGGUAUCUCAUUCCGUAUACCACAAGAGCCAAGAGUGUCGUGCAGUUGUUGUGGGACAAACGACGCGAAUGGGAUGACCCUAAUUUACCGACGGGUCUACUAGACAUUUGGCAUCAGUGGGAGAGCGAGCUACCACAUUUGUCGGAAAUUCACCUACCAAGAUGUUACAGUGCCAGCCUUCAGCAUCCAGUUAAGAGCCGCAGUGUCCAUGUGUUUUGUGAUGCUUCUGAAAAAGCGUAUGGCUCUGUGGCAUACUUGUGCUCUGAAGACGAACACGAGAGCAUGCAGGUUUCCUUCCUGGCUGCAAGGUCACGAGUCGCUCCAAGGAAACAGAUCUCCAUCGCUCGUUUGGAGCUUUGCGCUGCAUUGACCGGGGCACAGCUGGGAGAUGUCUUGAAGAAAGAGCUGACUUUAGAUAUCCACCAAUUUGUAUACUGGUCUGAUUCGACUACGGUUCUUACCUGGCUGCAGUCUGAUUCGUGCAGAUACAGAGUAUUCGUGGGAGUUAGAGUCACAGAAAUUCAGGAGUUGUCCGACCCGGGAGCUUGGCGCUAUGUUGAUUCAGCAUCCAAUCCUGCGGAUGAUAUCACACGUGGGUUGUCUCUGGUUCAGUUAGCCGAAGAAACACGAUGGAAACGAGGUCCAGAUUUUUUGACAAAGCCUAGUAGCUGUUGGCCAAAGGUACCAGAAGGUCAGGUCCCUGAAGAAAAUCAGGAACUCAAGAAAUCUGUGUUUUGUGGAUCAUUGAAGGAGGCUGAAUCGCAAUCUGAGCCUGACGCCCAGGAGUUCAGUAGCUAUUCUGAAUUUUUGGAGGCUACAGCUCGAUCCCUUCACGGGGCGGCUGUUUCACUGAGUGCAGAUGAGUUUCAGAAAGCAGAGUUAUCUAUCCUGAGACAAUGCCAAAUGCACGAUUUCCCAGAGGAAUUUGCUCUGCUCAAAGAUGGAAAGGACAUUCCUGCACAUAGCCGACUGAUUAAGCUUGCUCCUGAAUAUGACAAAGAGUUGGAUUUGAUUAGAGUAGGAGGACGACUCCGUAGGUGUCAUGGGUUGAGUGAAGAAAUCCUACACCCUAUAGUUCUGUCUCCAAACCAUCCUGUAGUGAAGCUCCUAAUCAAGCACUAUGAUGCACAACUGCACCACCCAGGAGCUGAACGAGUAUUCGCUGAGUUACGGCGCAAGUUUUGGAUUUUGCGAGGAAGAGAGGCGAUCAAAAGGCAUCAACACAGUUGUCUUGAUUGUAAAAAGUGGAGAGGCAAGCCGAUGGUUCCAAGAAUGGCAGACCUACCUUCGUCAAGUUUGAGAUUAUUCAAACCCCCAUUUUAUUCAACAGGGAUGGACUGUUUUGGGCCACUGAUGGUAAAGGUAGGCCGUCGCAUGGAAAAGAGAUGGGGAAUUGUAUACAAAUGCCUCACGACUCGAGCUGUACAUCUUGAUCUGCUGUAUCAAAUGGAUGGCGAUUCAUUCUUGAUGUCUCUCAGGCGUUUUGUUGCUCGAAGGGGAAAGCCAUACGAGCUCCUCUCCGAUCAGGGAACCAAUUUCAAGGGUGGAGCUAAGGAGCUAGAGCAAACCUUUCACCAGAUCCAGCCAAGCCUCAGAGAUCAGCUAGCAAAGGAGCAAAUCAGAUUCCAGUUCAAUCCUCCCAGUGCACCUCAUUUUGGUGGAUCUUGGGAAAGAGAGGUGAGGUCGGUGAAGACGGCCUUAAGAACCACCCUAGGUGCUCAGACCGUUACUGAGGAGGUAUUAAGAACAGUCUUGGUUGAGGUCGAAAGUAUUCUCAAUUCCAGACCUCUGGGUUAUGUCUCUAGCGACGUAGCAGAUCCCGAUCCAGUAACGCCAAAUUCCCUGCUGAUGGGGCGGCCUGACUCCUCUCUGCCUCAGGUUGUUUAUUCAGAUUCUGAAUUACUCAGCAAGAAAAGGUGGAGACAUAGUCAAGUUCUUAGUGACCAUUUUUGGAAGCAUUUCGUCCAUGACUUCCUGCCCACUUUGCAAUCACGGCAGAAAUGGCACCGUGAGAGACAGAACAUUGCAGUUGGUACUGUAGUACUCAUUGUUGAUGAACAGCUUCCGAGAGCACAAUGGAAAGUUGGCACUGUUUCUUCUGUCAUUCCCAGCUCAGAUGGUAGAAUCAGAACGGCGGUUGUCAAGGUUAAAGAUCAAACAUACACAAGACCAGUAGUUAAGCUGAUUGAGUUGCCAGCUUUACCCCCAGACACAGACAGUACAUCCUAGACCUUACUAAGGACAAAUUUGCAUACCAAAUUUGGGGGCGGCUGUGCAAAAGACUAUGUUCAAGUUACGUUCAUAUUAUUAUAAUAGUUGUACAGUGCUCUGUUUGAGUAUUGCGUCUGCUGAGUAGGCGGAGUUUAUCCUAAGUCUCGCGAGUUCGACAGAUAAUAGCGCGAGAUCAGAUACGCAGCAAUGGAGGAGAAGGAAGAAAUGCGGUGUGUGUUGUUAUUGUAAAUUCAUGAUUCAAUGUGAAUUAUAGCCAUCCGGUUAUAGAACAACCAUAGAGCAUUCAUAUCGUGUGCAGUUUGGCAUUCUCAGAUGUGAUGGGCGGCCGAUGUUGUGUGAUCGCUCCAGAGAUAUGUGGAUUUGUAUGGUGAAUACCAUCACGUGCGUCAUUGCAGAUUGUAAGUGUUUGUUUUACUUUAUUUAGUUUAAUAAUCAUUGUCUUGACACUCUGUUAGAUACAUUAACAAGAUGACUGUUCAGUUGUAAAGAUUAGUUGCUAUAUUAUUUAUUUAUCACAUGUGCAAUGACUCGCGUGUUCACUCAAGUGAUACGAUAAUGGUGCAGCACUUUAUUGUACAAAUCGUGCUGGAAAACUUAUUGAGUUAAUUUGUAUAUUUGCAGAACCACGUUCAUCCACGUUUAUCCAGCUGAGUGUGUAUAUUACACACACCCAUCACGCCUAUGGAACACCGUCGCACACUUGAUACAUUCAUCAUUGGUAAUAUCACCUCACAUUAAGCCUCUCAGGACCAAAUAAGGAUGCAGACUGAGGAUGUAACCACCUGUUUGAGUUUCAAUGUGAUGACAUCGCGUAUGAGGAUUAACAUUUGACCAAAUCUGUACCCUCCUUGCGUUAAGUGGACUUUUUGGGACACUUCAGACUUGCAAAGACUGAGUACUCUCAUUUUCACCACCUCAUUGCCUGAUUUGCAAUCACAUAAUUGUAUUUCUUGAAUCAAAGUUUAUUGUUAUACUGAUUGUUUAUUUUGCGUAGGCCUACGCUGUUUUAUUUGAGAAGUAUUCAUGUUUUAGUAACAUUGUGAAUAAGUUGUUCAUUUUAUCAUUUGAACAAUCAAUACAUUCAGUAAAUCUGA